CUGCUCAUACUUCUUUCAGCAAAAAUGCGUGUCGUCUACGUCCUUCUCAUUUCUCUCGCCCUUGUACCUGCCGUGUUUGGGUGGUCCCUUUCUCCAUCCCGCCAUGCCGUUCGAAAUGACCGGUUUGUGAAGGGGUUUCUGGGCCGCUCUCAGACGACGGACGGGAGAUACCGCCGCCGACACGACAGGGGACUCAUCCACAUGGUAAGUCAGCAAGGGGGUGAGCAUGCACCAGAUCUGCAGACACCAUCGACGCACACACACACACAUCGAUUGGAUGCUCUGGUGUGCGCUGCUGUGCUGCUCAGAUAUCCUAUCGGAACAUGAGAACGGGUAGAGCAGGCGACAUAAUCACUCACACGAGGGCCGACGUUCAGUCGAACCCUUUGGAGAUCCGCUGCCCCCUAUCACAAGACUUCAGAGACCGACUCAAGUAAUUAAGCAUGAGGGAAACAUGUCAUUCAUUCAGACAUCAUGGUGGCUUGCGGCCGAUCAUGCAUCCUCCCCACUCAGCACAUCGUUCGGAAUGGCGAGCUACAGCGAGCACCCUGCCAUCUGGCUCGGCACCCUGGUUUGGCCUCUUGUGCAGGAAAUCGUCACAGCCGGAUAUCCACUCUUGAAGUUCAACGAGUACUACUUGUGGAACACUCGCUUCAAUCGAAAGACGGGCAAGCUGGUGGACAAGCGGCCUGCCUUUGUGUUGGAGUGGGAUGGCCGUCCGUGGUACUGGAUAAUCUUUGAGGGCUGUGAGUAUGACGACCUGCCCAACUAUGCCGAGCACGUCUUACACAUCCGCAAGAAGAACCUGGGCAACUAUGGGGCAGUGACAGACGGACGGGAAUGGUUCCUGUGCGAGCUGCCCAACGAGCCUGACGUCGACGAGGGAGAGCUGAAGACGGAGCCAGUGGAGUUUCUGAGUCUGGGGGACAUGAAGUCAUGCGAGAAGUUUGACACGUAUGACCAGGUAGGUAAUCUGCACAGCUAGAAAGAGAAGCAGUCAAAACAUCUGUUCGCCUCGUGUGCUUGCUCAUCGACCAGGCGCAGGAGAUUGUCGAUUGGAUUCUGCGGGAGCUCAGGGAGCAGGCGCUCGAGAAUCCCGUCGAGUGGACAGGCACUCCUGAGUGGCAACAAGAGAGAGAGAGGAGGGAAGCAGAAAGAAAGGCAGGGCUGGAGCAGGGGAUGGCUAACUAAGCGAGUGGACCGGCCACAAGAUCGUUAAGUCACUCGCGUUGGACGUCACAGAGAGUGGGGGUGAGCGUCUGAUGAAGGAGGCAGCUGCAGUGGAGGUGCUGAAAUGGGUGAGAGAUUGAGUGGAUGGAAAGGGGAUGGGCACAGGCCUGACUGGUUUUUGUGUGUUGUGCAUAUACCGCAGUUCAUCAACGAGAGCCGCAUCGGCAUCGGUCUCCUGGAAGGCGUGUCGAAGCGCAAGCGAUAGACACAGAUGGAGAGGAGAGAGAGGACAGAACGGGCCACAUGUCCAGCAGCAGAGACACACACUUGCAUUAACAAACUGUAACUUGCUCAAGUAAAUCAAGC